AUGCGACCUUAUCAUGUUAUACAUCAUAGUGUGAUUGAUUCUUGGGCUGCUGUUCUAAAUUACGAGGAACAAAAGUCAAAAAGUAAACCAUACCGCCUGUUCUUCAAUACCAAAAUUAUGAGUUCUGAUUUAUUAGAUGAAACUAAAUCUUUUGACGAGCGUUUUUUAACUUUUGAGACUCGUGUUGAUAAGUUUCUAUCUAAUUUCAAGGCAAAUGUAGAUUUCAAUGAUCUUAAACUCGUGGUUUUCCCAAUACUUAAUGGUGAUCAGAUGUAUGCUGUUGUUUUCAACCUAACAUAUCCACAAGUUCAUAUUAUAGACAGCAUAGAAACAAAAUCGUUAGAAGAAACUUAUGGAAUGACACCUACAUCAUUAAAAUUGUACUUUAUACGAUAUCUGGAGAAAACUACAUUUAUCGUCAAUAAAAUCAAAGGUUUGCGAUCAACAACAGUGAAGAUGAUGAAAAUUGACUGGAACACAAAGAAGUUGACAACAGAGAAUGGAGCACUUUUAAUGAGACAUAUGGAAAAAUAUUGUGGAGAAAAGCAAGGAAAGUGGAAUGUGGAAAUGGAAAAAGGCAGUGAUGUGCAAGAUGUGCAAUUUGAAAAAUUACAUGCCUUAUAUUCUGUUAAGAUUGCUACACAUGAAAUCGACAACCACAAGGAGAGAGUUAUCAAAGAAGCAAUCGAAUUUGGAAAGUUUGAUCAUGCGACUAGAAAAAAGAUGUUAGAGGAAGGUAUCAAUAGAAUGGAUGAAUUGGAAAUGGGUAGUAAAUAG